AUGGAUGAAUGUAUGCCGUUACGAUCGGUGCGCAUGUCAAUACGAGAUCCAGUGUGGAAGACACCCUUAGUAAAAUCGUUAAUGAUGGUAAGGUCAAGAAUAGCUCAAAGCACUAAAGAUCGGUUGGCUGAGGUUAACAAGAAAAUAAGCGAAUUGAUUAGUAAGAACAGAAGAACACUCGCAAAGGCACCUGUCGGAUCCAGAGAAUGGUGGAAGCACGUACAUAAUUUGUCCCAACGACGCAGCAUUUCUGCUAAUGUUACAUUGGACACUAAAUCACUAGAGGAGCUAAACGGCUACUUCGCCGAUUUGUGCACUGGUGACGCAUAUACGAAGCCUGUAACAGCUAUUGUGGAUAAAAACUUAGAAGCCCCUCAGAUAUCAGAAAGACACGUGUGGAAUUCUUUUCAACAUCUGAAGAAAACCGCUAUAGGACCAGAUCUCAUUCCCUUUUGGAUUUGGAGGGAUCACGCUGAGAUCUUCACAAGUGUCAUUCAUAAGAUCUGGAAUGUUUCCUUCAAUACUGGCAAGUGGCCCUCCUUGUGGAAAAGGGCCCAAGUGACCCCCCUCCCUAAGGUUGACAUCCCUAAGGGCAAGCAGGAUUUCAGAGGAAUUAAGAUCACGCCUGUAAUUGCACGUGCGUUCGAGAAAUCUGUGUAUAACACCCAUGCACGAGACAUUGUCGAACAGCAUCUGAGUUCAACACAGCUUGCUUAUAAGACAGGGGUGACUUGCACUGAUGCGCUCUUGAGCAUGCAGCAUAUCAUCUACAGCUAUUUAGACGAGCAAGACUGCAAAGCCGUCCGAGUGUUUGCAAUGGAUUUUAGCAAAGCAUUUGACUGUGUCAAUNAGCUCCUUUGUGAGUUUCUUGAGGCUUGGCAUGGUCCGCUGUUCUGA